GCGAACGCUCGUGUGCGAAUAAAUUAAUAUAAAUAAAUAAACAAAAUUAUAAAAACAUUUAAACUAAGUGAAAAAAGUUAAGAAAAAACUAUUUGUAAGUGUUUGUGAUUGUGUGCUUAAGUGGAUUUAUAAUUGCCCGAAAGAUGGCGUCGUGUGUCGGCCGGACCGCGCUCUUGCUGAUUCUGGUGACCUCUGUCACGUCACAGUUUUAUGAUUUAUUUCAAGGAUUCAAACCAUUCCCAACGCAUCACCCUUCAUACGGAUCGUACACGACACGUAAACCCGAGAAAACAUACAGACAAACAACCAAGCGAGAAGAGACCACAAAAGCAUACGAAUUUGAUCUCUACAAUAACCCCUUUCUACCACAAUUCAAUUUAGACAGAAACCAGAACGAUUAUAAAAGAAAAAAGAACACAACUAGUACUUACAGCACUACGGUAAAACCAAAAAAGAAAACUACAACCAAUAAAAGGGCACAGAAUCUACAAGAAUAUAACAAUAAUAAUAUUUAUGACGGGAAAAUAAACGAUGUAGGUGACUAUUACACACAAAAACCGAAUUAUAACAAUUAUUACACGACAGAGAACCCGUUUAACAAAGGGGUUAACAGUUACGAAAACCCGUAUAACAAAGGGGUUAGACCUGUGGUUACUAAUGGGCCUCCUAUAACGAAUAGGCCGGUGACCAAAAGGCCUAACUAUGUGGUUACCUCGAAGCCUAACUAUGGGGUUAACGCGAGGCCAAAAGACGAAGAUUCUAUAGCGUUUCCUGAUGAUGACGCUACACCGGAGAUUAUUAUUGGACCUGAUGAGGACUAUAUGAGUAAUGUGGAGAAGAAGAGGUACAUAGAACUGGCGGAACGAAAAUGCGACGAGUACAAAGCACUCGGCACGAAAGCAGUCCAAGCUAUCCCUCUCCUCCCGCGUCCAGAGCCAGUUCAAAUCAGCGUGAGGAAAUGUGCACCCACCACUGUGCCUCUGGUGGUGGGGGGGAAAGUGGUGGACAUACAGGAGUUUCCACAUAUGGCGUUACUAGGAUGGAGGAAAAUUCAGUCAGCUGGCUACUCGUGGAAAUGCGGAGGCUCCCUCGUCAGUGACCAGUUUAUCCUGACUGCAGCCCACUGCUCGUUCCAGGAUCGGGACAACACCGUUGUGAAUGGACCUCCCAGCGCGGUGCAACUCGGCUCGUCAUACCUGGACGACCCUGGAGCGCUAGUCGUCAAGGUCGCAGCCGUCAUCAGACACCCGAAGUACAAGCUACCUAAGUCUUACUACGACUUGGCGCUUGUCAAACUUGUCAACACUAUCAAAUUCUCCGAGGUGGUGAAGCCAGCGUGCCUGGGUGCCGCCCCAGCGGUGGGCACGCCUAUCAUCGCUACUGGUUGGGGCCGCACUGAAUAUGGAGGCGACCAAUCCCUGGAGCUCCGUAGCGUCUCCCUCCCAGUUUGGGAUAUCAACCGAUGCCAAGAGGUCCUCGGCACCUCAAGAAAGCUGCCUCAAGGACCUUCGAGUGAGAGUCAGAUCUGUGCGGGCGAGGAAAGGGGGGGGAAGGAUACUUGUCAGGGUGACUCCGGUGGCCCUGCACAACUCCAGGAAGACUGUAUCUGGCGUCUCGUGGGCGUGACGUCACUAGGCAGGUCCUGUGGCGCUGCCGAAACCCCAGGCCUCUAUGCCAAGCUCCAACGGGCCUUUAUAGCGUCACAGAUCUUCGGCUCGCAGAAAAUCAGGAAUUAUACCGACAAUAAUCAGAACUACGGGAAUAGUGAUAAUUAUGGUAAUAAUAAUGGCAAUUAUGGAAAUAAUAAUGCCAAUUAUGGAAAUAGUAAUGCUAAUUAUGGAAAUAAUAAUGCUAAUUCUGGUAGCAACAACAAUAACUAUGAUAAUAAUUAUGGUAGCAAUAAUAGACAGGACAGUGUAUAUAAUGAGCGGCCAAAUAAUGCAAAUUACAAUAAUAGACGUCCAGGUAAUAGUCAGGAUAAUGCACAGCGUCCAGAUAGAAAUGUAAAUAAUUAUCCUGGAAGUCAAAAUGGUGCCAAUAAUAGAGAACAGGACUAUAAUAGAGGUAGACCAUAUAAUCAACAAGAUUAUAAUAAUUACGAUACACAAGGCAGUAAUAAUAGACAAACAACACAAAAACCAAAUAGAGGCAUUGUUUCAUCAGAAUAUAAUGGUGAUUAUAACAGUCAACAAAAUUCGCAAAGCUAUUAUACUACGCGAAAACCAGUCAGGAAUAAUAAUUAUGACAAUAAAUAUAAUUCACAAAAUUAUGGAAAUAAUAAUCGGGAUCAAACGAAUUAUAACAGAAAUGAUAAUUAUGGAUAUAAUCAGCCAACACAAAGGACGCAGGAUAAUUAUAAUGACAAUAGACAAUCAAAUGUUGAAGACUAUACGGUCAAUAGACCAUGGUGGUUAACGUAAAGGAUGCUGUUUCUACCGUGUGGUAGAUGAAAAUAAGUAUUAAUGUUGACAUGUACUUAAAAUACUCUAAAUUGAUUAUGAUUUGUAAAUAUAAGUGUAUACUGUC